AUAAUCAUUUGUUGUUGUUUCGCCGCAAGGUUCGGACGUGUGUAUUUUCCGAGGCGCACACACAUACUUCGAAGUCGUUCUACUCGUCUCGUUGUGCGUUCAUUUCUUCUUUACCAUUUUUUUUCUGUGUAAUUUUGUUUCACAUAUAAAAAAUCAAAAAAGGCAAACGGACCUACACACAACUAAACCAAUACCAAUUAUCCGAAACCCUCCAAAAAAUAAAAGAAAAAAUGCCCGUGUCCAGGCAACAGCUCAGCAGAUGUGAAAUGUGACGACACGACGGGCGAAAAGAAAAAAGUGUCCGCAAUCGCGCAGUCGAGAGGGGCGAGAAAAAGGAAAACCAUUUUGCAAAAAGUAAAAAAGAGAAAAAAUAAAUAAGAAGCAACAAAAAGUGAGAGGAAUAUCGGCAGCGACGCUCACGCGUUGCGCCCCCCCUCUCCACCUUCAUUCAAAAUAAAAGUGAAAACGUGCAAAAUAAAUAUAUACAACAAAAAGAAACAGAGAGAACAGAGACGAAGUUAAGUUACUCCAAACUAAAAAAGAAAGAAAAAAAUGUGCGACGCUGCCGCAACAACAAUAGCGGCAGUAGGAGCAGCAACUGCUGGUGACACAGCAGCGACAACAACAACCACAUCAAUGGAUGAACAGCAAACGGAACGUCAGCGACAAAGCUGCUGUCGCCUGUGCAUUGCGCCCGCCAGCGAAUGCAUAUCGAUCAUCAAUAGUUAUGCAGCCGAUAAGGAGCCGCUGGCCACAAAAAUACAUAACUGCGUAAAUAUCAAGAUUACAUCAACGGAUCGUUUAUCGUUGCACAUUUGCCACGCCUGCAUCAGCUACUUGAACUCGUGGCAAAGCUUCAAGAAUCGCUGCCUCAGUUCACAGACGAAGCAACGCCAAUGGCUGGACACGGAUCGCAGCAAACAGCAGACGCUACUGGGCUAUUUGGAUUUAAAUCGGGCCGAGAAUGGCAGCGUCUCAGUUGAGCAGCAGCAACAACAUCAGCAAGCUGGCGAAUUGAAAAGCGAUUCAGCUGCGGAGAAGGCGUCUGCAAACAUUUUGGAUGGCAUACCAUCGCUGAAGAAGCGCAAAUCGUUAACAGUCUAUCCGCUGCCCGCCGUGCCCAUCAAGGAUGAGCCACUGGACGAUACGGACGAUGACUAUCAGAUGAAAUGCAUUGACGAGUCCGACGACAUGAUGGAUCCCACAAUGUUCCUAGAGCGCUCCGAACACGAAGGCGAUGUGCCGCUAAUGACCUCCGACUAUGAUUAUACGGCGCAGCACGGCGUGACGGCGGCCGUGGCGGCGGCAUCGCUGCCAGCGAGCGCCGUGGCGAAUGUGGCAGCCGCCGGUGACUCGAAGGUGGCCAGCUGCCGGGCAUGCAGUCUGCAGUUCUCGACACGGGCAAAUGCGCGUCGGCACGAACGCAAUCUGCAUCCGAAUCUGUUCCAGCUGUCGACCGACUCCCCGAACAAUACGCCAAUCACAAAGCCAACGCCAGCGCUUGCGGCCGCACUGGAAAUCCAACGUGCCGCAGCCGCAGCGGCGGCAACGGCGGAGGCAACAAAGGCGGCAGCCGGUGGCAAUAUAUCGACGCAAAAGUAUCGCCAGGUGGUGAUGAACACGUUCAUCAAGUGCGAGAACGGUGGCUAUGACUACGACAAUCCGGAGCAGUAUCAGCAGCUGUUGACGCGCGACAAAGUGGAGUUCAUACAGGAGAACAAUGAGUUCCUCGAGCAGUACCAGACGAUGACGUGUCGCUGUUGCAACAAAUACUUUAGCACGUACAAGAACUUUAUGGCGCAUGUGCGCAAAAAGUAUCCGCUGUUGCCGCGCAAUCUGUGCUUCAACUGCCUCAAGAUGAACGAUUCGAAGGCGUUAUUCAUAUCGCAUCUGAAGAAACGCAACUGCAUCAAUUUGUAUCGUGUGCUCAACGCGUUGCGUGUGAAGCAACCAAACUUUGCGCAUGCCAAUGCCUCCGGUGUGGUGGCCACCACAGAGAUGCCACAACAGCAGCAGCCACAACAACAACAGCAGCAGCAACAACAGUUGGUGCAUGACACAUCGUCGUCGGAGCGACCAGAGAAAUUGCGAGCCAAGGAGCUGCUGGUGAAUAAGCUCUACGUGUGCAAACUGUGUCCAAAAGGUUUUCGCACCAAGCACGAGUUUCGCACCCAUGUGUAUGACAAGCAUGCGGAUGUGCAGCGCAAGGACAACAAUUCGAUACAGUGCAGCUUCUGUGGCCUCGACUUUGCCGAUCCCGUCGACCGGCGUCGUCACUACAACAAUAUGGACUGCAUUGUCCGGCUGCGCUGCAUGACCUGUGAUGCCAAACUGGAGACGCAUCAGCGUUUCCUCGACCAUGUCUAUCAGGAUCAUUUGGGCGGUGUGAGCAGCGACAAUGCAUCGACAGCAACACAAUCCGGCUUGGAUCAUUCGCCUGGCAAGCGGAGUUUACUCGGCGCCCUCGGUAUUGGAGUCAGUCAGUCGUCGUCCAACGAUGAAUCCCGUGGCAGCAGCAGCACCAUCAACAACAACAACAAUGUGAAUAACAACAGCAAUCACAACAAUACGAAUGCUGCUGCUUCCUCCUUGACUUCGACGCCCGCGAAAUCCGUUUCCAAUGCAGCGGGUGGCUCUAGCUCUGCUAAUCGCAACAGCGCUGGCGGUGGGAGCAGCGCUGGCGGAGAUUCGGCGCCCAAAUCGCAGUAUUUCUCACGCAUGCCGCAAGUUUGUCCGAUCUGCGGACAACAGUACAACAACUACAACAAUGUGCUGCGUCACAUGGAGUCAAAGCAUCCCAACAAGCUGCCCGAGACGUACAAGUGUGUGCGCUGCGGUCUCGGCUAUCCACGCAUCUCGUAUCUGCGCGAGCACAUGAUCAAUGUGCAUGGCGUGGACAAGAAUCGUCAUUCCGGCGGCUUUGAGUACAUCGUGAAUGCGGAUGCCGUCAAGUUGGCCGAUGGCAGCACACCGAAUGUGUAUACGGGACGCUACGAUUAUGUGAUGAAGGAUUUGAUGUCCAUAACAAAUGGUGGGACACUCGAUGAUGACGAGGAGGAAACCGGAAGUCUGGCCAAAAAGAUACGUCUCGAUGACAGCAGCAACAACAGCAGCAUCAACACAAGCAUUGCCAACCAGCAAAAGGAGUGCCCCAUCUGCAAUGCGGUGUUCAGCAACAACAUUGGCCUCUCAAAUCACAUGCGUUCGCAUUACACCGCCUCCUCGACGGCGACAAAUGCAGCGUUGGCUGCCGCCAAUCGCAUGACACCCAAAUCGCUGACGAUAACAGCAACGCCACCGUUGGAAGCAACAGCCGCUGCAAGCACUACCGCAUCGCCAGCAGCAGUAGCUGCAAGUGGAGCAGGUGCAACAUCGACGCCAACCGGGGGCAAAGUGCCACCGGCGAUGGUGCAUCAGACGCCGCAGGAACAGGCCGUGUUUCGUCGCAGUUUAGAUCAGGCGGCCGAUCGUCGCUUUCGCCGGAUGCGUUGUCGCAUCUGUCAGCGGCGCUUCAGCUCAAAGAAAUCGUAUCGCUAUCACAUGCUGACCGAUCAUCAGGUGCAGAAUGUGCAGUUCAUCAAGUGCAAGCUGUGCAACGCCGAAUUCGCCUACGAGAAGGGACUGAAGGUGCAUCUGUUUAAGGUGCACGGACGUGCGAUCAAGGAUGAGAUGAUUGUCAAGGAAUUCGAAUGCAAUGUCUGCUCCACCGUUUACAGUUCGGAGCUGGAGCUGCAGCAGCACAAACGUAGCGUCCACAAGUCAUCGACUUCGUCCACGAAUACAGCGAAAUCGUCGACAACGACAGCCACAACCAUCACAGCGCUGAACACAUCAAAUUCAGCGUCGGCUGUUGAUUUGGGUGCGGCAGACACAUCGACGGUGAUGCCGCUGUAUUGGUAUCAAUGCAAGUACUGUCCAUCCAAUUUCAAUACCAACAAGAAGCUGGCCAUUCACAUCAACUCGCACGACGAGUUUGACUCGAAUGAUUAUUCGUGCAAGGACUGCGGCAAUGUGUACAGCGGUCGCAAGAGCCUCUGGGUUCAUCGGUACAAGAAGCAUCCGCAGGUGCCGGAUCCCGUGGAGUGCACGCUAUGUCGCAAGAUGUUCUUCGAUCGCCAGAUGCUGGACAAUCACACGCCCACCUGCAAUCGCAAACCCAUCACGGCAACCGGCGCCCAUCAGCAGGAUGGGCAACAGCAGCAGCACAGAGAACAACAGCAACAGCAACGCGGCAUCUUUAAGCACAAAACGGGCGACGACGAUGACGAGGAUGAGGACGAUGAUCAGCUGCUGUUGCUCGACGAUGCUCCGGGCACGCCAGCAACAGCAGCCGCAGCAGCAACAUCAGCUGCAUCAGCAGCCGGCGAUAGCAAUGCUACAUCGAUGGCGGGCAUCAAGAUACGCAUACCGGAGGUGGCAUGCACCAUUUGUGGGGCACGCUUCACCGACCAGGAGAUGUUCAGCAAGCACAUACAGAAGCACGAACAGGAAUUGUACGUCGACAAUCCGUUGGCGGCAAUGUUCGACGACGGUCCCGCCGAUGCGGGACAAUUUCAGGUGGAGCGUCAGAACGAGAACGGGGAAUACGCGUGCGAUUUGUGCGCCAAGACGUUCCCCCAGGUGAUUGCGCUCAAGGUGCAUCGCAAGUGGCAUUUCAGAGGUGAUAGCAAGCAGAAUCCCAUCAUCGACGGCGAAGCGACAACGCUGAACAACAGCAGCAACAACAACAACAACUCGACGUUGCAUCUACGCGAACUGCAUGCGGUGGGUCUGAUGCCCAACCAGCAGCAGCAACAACAGAAGCAACAGCAGCAGCAGCAACAAUCGCAGUCCCAACAGCAACACCAACAAUCGUCGAGCCAACAGCAGAGGAGCAAAUCGUUGAAACGCAAACGUGAAUUGAAGUGUGAAUAUUGCGCCUCCACCUUCAUUAGCAACAACAAUCUGCGUCGCCACAUGUACGAGCUGCACAAACACGAAGUGAGCAAUCUGCCUGAGCCGCCAGUAAUCGAAGUGGACGCACCGUUGAGUUGCCGACGCUGCGGUGAUCUGCAAUUCGAGACGAAGGAGGCGUGGAUCGAGCAUAAGUUGGCCGAUGCGAAGGUGGUGCGUCCAUUCUGUCCAUUCCAGUGGGGCUGUGAUCUGUGCGGCGAGUAUUUGUCGCGCAAGGAGAAGCUCAUCAAUCACAUCAACAACCAUCUCAAGGAGGAGGUGAUUGUCCCUGUUGCGGUGGCCGCCAGCCAGAAGCUAGCGACUGCAGCAGCAAACACUGCGAAAGCAGCAACCGCAACAGAAGAAGCUACGGCGGCAACAACAACACCAGCAGCAGCAGCAACCACAAAGGCAGCAACAACAGUUGCAGCGGCAACUGAAGCGGCGACAGUUAAAUUGAAGGUGAAAAGCGAGACAACGAGAAGAGAGCUGGAAGGUGGCAAGCAGGUGGCAGAAGGGGAAGGUGGUGGGGAGGAGGAAGAUAGUGAGCUCGAGGAUGACAGCGAUGAUAGCGACGAUGAUGAUGAUGAUGAGGAUAGCACGAGUGACGACGAUGAGGAUGAUGAUGUUGACGACGAAGAAGAAGACGAUGUGGUUGAAGUCGAGCAACAACAACACAAUAAUAACAAUAAUAAUAAUAGUAGUAACAACAAUAAUAACAACAGUGCCGUCGCCUUGGAUGAGGAUGAUCUUAUUGAAGAGGUCAUUGAGGAGAUCGAUGAUGAUGUGGAAGAGCUGCCAGUGGAACAAGUCGAUCAGGGUAAAGGUAAAGCAGCAGCAACAACAACAACGACGACGACGACGAAACGUCCAAACUUUGCCUACAAUCAAAGCCAGGCAAAGUUGAAUGGCAACAGCGGCAACAGGAAGCAGGCGACGCACAGUUCGGAAGAUGAUGAAGUGGAUGACGUCGACGACGAUGUCGACGAUGAUGAUGAUGAUGUGGAAAUGGACGAGGAAGUGGAGGAGGAAGAAGGUGGCGUAGGUGUCGCCGUAGUGGGCGAAGGCAUGACCAUUGAUGAUAUUAUCGAGGAGGAUGAUGGCGAGGAUGAUGACGAUGAGGAUGUCGAUGAUGAUGAUGGGCAUGGACAACAUUUGGUUGGUGAGCAUGUGGUGGCCGACGAUGACGACGACGAUGAUGAUGUUGACGAUCGCGACGACGAUGAUGACGAUGUGGAUGAUGUCGAUGAUGAGGAUGACGAUGUGGAUGAUGUAGAUGAUGUCGACGAAGAUGAUGAUAUCGAUGAGGAUGACUUUGAUGAUGAGCAGCAACAGCAACAGCGUAGGAAUGUCAGCAGCAUCGUUGCUGACGAAGACGAAGACGACAACGAUGAUGAUGAUGACGAUGACGUUGCGAAUGCAGAGCAACGUCGACGUCAGCGUCAUCAGGGUCGUGGUCGUCGUCAUGAUGAAGAUGAUGAUGAUGAUGAAGAUGAUGUGAUGGAUGGCGAUGGCAAUGGCGGUACAUCGUCGUCGUCAUCGGAGAGCGAGUCGACAACGUCGCGAUCAACUGGUGAGCGGCGCAAUAAAAGCAAAUCUGUAGUUGCAUCAUCAGCGGCAUCAGCGGCCGCUGCUGAUCACACUAAUUCCAGCUAUACGUGCGAUCUAUGUCAACUUUGUUUCGAUUCCCAGGAGCAGCUGCAGACACACAUUAAAAGUCAUUUCCUCAACGGGCCAACAACGACAACCGGCAGCAGCAGCGGCGGCAGCGGCAGCAGCAGCAGUGCAGCCAGCCGAAGCAGCCAAAGCAGCAGCCGCAGCAGAAGUAGCACAACAAAUAACAACAACAACAAUAGCAACAACAAUCACAACCAUAAAAGCAAAACCAAAAAGGAGACUGCAACAUCAGCAGCGACGUCAGCGGCAGCAGCAGCAGCAGCAGCGACGGCAACGACGGAAGCUGGCGCGAGCUUGAUCUGAGCUUCAAAAUGUACAAAAUUUAACCACAGAAAAUACCACACAUGAAAACACAGCACACCAACAAAUACACCACACCACACACGCACACUUCACACACACUUCACACACACAAAAACAAAGCGCAUUCCAUCAACACCACAAACACACAGAGAUAUCGUCUAUGAUGCAUUUACGCCUGCGCGUAAUUGCAAUGCCCACACUCACGCACACAGACACACACACUGGUACGCACGCAUGUAUAAAUCAAAGUGCGUGGGUGUGUGUGUGUGUGCGUGUGUUUGAAUUUUUUUUCUUACUGCUAAUUGUAGUUGUUAAUAAGCACACAAACACACACACGUAUAUAUAGUGAAUAUAUAUUAAAAAUGUAUGUAUAUGUAUGCAACUUAUGAAUUACGAUGAAGUCAACAUCAUUUUUUUUGUUUUUUUUUUAUAUAUUUUUUUGCAAAAAAAUGUUCAAUUUAGAGCAACGCCAGUUAUAUUGAGUUUUUAGGUUAUUUAAGUCAACACAAAGUAAAAAAGUUAAUUAUAUACAUAUGCAUACAUAGAAAAUCAUAUAUAAAAUGAAUACAGUAAAAGAACAACAUAUAUAAGAGGUUAUGUGAAUUAAUUAAUUAAAUCUUUAACAUUGCGUCAAGGCACCAAAGCAACAACAAACUGUAGAAGAUGAAGAAGCAGACGAUGAUGAAGAUGAAAAAGAAGCAGCCAAUAGCAACUGAAGCGGUGGCUGCAGCAAACGAAUUAAGCGAAAAACUUACGUUUAUUAUUAUCUGUAUUGAUACUAUUUUAUACAUAUAAUAUAUAUUUUUUAUUAAUAACA